AUGGCGGGUGACGGGCGCAAGAAAGGAGGUGUCUACAGUGACAACCCCAACACCAAGAGAACGCGCGACUUUCUGCGAAGACUCCCUCCCAACAGAAAGGAGGCGAGACGCAGGGGAUCCCUUGAGUACCGUGCUUUCCGCACUACUUGCAUCACCCGCUCAAAGAAGGCGGACUAUCACAAGGCCACUCGCAACGGCAAGCUUGCCAUGUUGCGUGAAGCUUGCCACAAGUCGCUUGCCAACCGGCUGAAGAGAGGCGUUGAGUACGUGGGUACCGACAUUGAGAUCUUCAUUGCUCGCUUUCACGAUCGCGUCAUCAAGCAGAACGCCGACGCUGACGCUGGCGCCUCUGAUGAUGCCGACACUUCCGGCCCUGCUAGUGAGGCGUGCGACUUGGAAUCCGACAACGAGCAGCCCGCCACUGUCCCCAUCGGCGACCCGUCGACGGCGUCCGCGAGCCUGUCUGACACAGCCAAUUUGGCCGACUUUAUCGACUACGACCAGGGUGUGGCCGAUGAGUUCAGCAAAUACGUGGAGCAGCUCGAGGAGAAGCAGGAGAUGAUCCUCCAGGAGCUGAGCGUCCGCUCCUACACCCAGUUCGAGACCGCGAACAGCUUGGGUCUCCUGCUUGAGGCCGCUGGCUUCUAA